AUGGAUCCUAAUACAGACUGGCUUUGCGAAAUUUUGCAAAAUGUGCAGCUCGAACAAUUCUAUAUACCAAUUCGGGAUCAAUUACAGAUAACAAGAUUAGCACAUUUUGACUAUGUACAUGCAGAGGACCUUGAAAGGAUUGGUAUCAGCAAGCCUGGUGUUCGCAGGCUACUUGAUGCUGUCCGAAAAAAGAAAUUACAACUGUGGAAUCGAAAAUUUUGGAAUAAAUUAUUUGGCUCUUCAAGUUCUAAUGCCCGUGAGAAGACUGAAUUAGCAAUAAGGCCACAAUCACAAACUGAAAGUCGUACUACUUGUAUCAUAUUGGAAAAAGAUAUUGUAUUGCAUAAUGAAUUGGGUAAUGGAUCAUUUGGAGUUGUAAGACGUGGAGAAUGGAGAAUGCCAGAUCAGACAAAUCAAAUGGUGCCAGUAGCCGUAAAAGUAUUAAAAGCUGAUGCAUUUUCACAGCCAGGCAUAUAUGAUGAUUUCAGAAGAGAAGUUGAGGCAAUGCACAGUUUAAAACAUCCUAAUUUAAUCAAGUUACAUGGUGUAGUGUUUCACCCACUCAUGAUGGUGUGUGAAUUGGCCCCAAUGGGUGCAUUAUUAGAUUACAUAAGAGCGCAAGAUGGCAAAGUGUCAUUGAAUUUCAUAUCAAAAUGGUCAGGACAAGUUGCAGCAGGAAUGGCUUAUUUGGAGAAAAGUAGAUUUUUACAUAGAGAUUUGGCUUGCCGAAACAUUUUACUAUCUAAUCUUGAAUUAGUUAAAAUAGGUGAUUUUGGUCUGAUGCGAGCCUUGCCAGACGCAGACGACUGUUAUGUGAUGAGUGAACGUCGUCGUGUGCCCUUCCCAUGGUGUGCACCGGAGUCUUUACGGUCGAGGCAGUUCUCUCAUGCUUCUGAUGUGUGGAUGUUUGCUGUUGCGCUAUGGGAGAUGUACAGUUUUGGAGAGGAGCCAUGGAUGGGCUUAAACGGUUCAGAGAUUCUUCGGCUAAUAAUGCGGGAAGGGCAACGUCUCUCACCCCCGAGCGCGUGUCCGCCAGACGUUUAUAUGUUAAUGAUGCAAUGUUGGGAGCUCAACCCGAAGGAAAGGCCCACAUUUGCGGGCAUACUGCGCUAUAUGGAGACGAAUAAGUUCGAAACGGCGAUUGCUAGUCUUAGCUAUAGGAAACAAGGUCAGAUGACAAUAGAAGCUGGCGACGCGAUAAUUCUGAUAGACAAGCGUCCGGAGCUGCACUGGUGGAAGGGACAGAACCAGAGGAGCUUAGAAGUGGGACUAUUUCCAAGUACUCUGGUGACGGCAGUGAAGAGUAAGAAUGUCCAAGCUGCAAAAAAAGCCCAAACAGCAUCACCCGUUCGAAAAGCGACAAACCAACCGAACAACGGUAUUCUCGACGACUCAGUGAUACUGCGGAAGCGCCGCACGAUCGAGUCGACGCAGCCCGCCAGCACGCGCGCCCGCGACGCCGCCGGCAAGCACUUCAACUACAACAAGCUGGUAAACGACAGGGCGAGGAGCGCGCGCGAUUACUAUUCCAAGAGUUUGAGUCAAGUAAAAGAAGACUUACUCAUCGACUUAGACUUGCCACCAUCGACGACGAAGGGCUCACCGUCAAAGAAACAAACGAACCCACACCAAAUAUCUAUUCUUGAUGAACCUAUUGACGUACCAGAAAUAAGUCAAGACUUAGACUGGGGUCAACAAAGCAUAGAAAGUCUACCCACAUACUGUACAGAAUCACAAAACCAGCCAUAUCCGAAUCUCUACGGCGCCAAAUCUUUAGACGGGUUGAACGUCACCUCACAAACGAGUCCAGAUCCAUUCGACACAUCACAGUUCUGGCCGAAAACCGAAUCUCAAAGACCAAAUUAUAGCGUACAAUUAGAUGAUAGCCAAUACCAAUCUCAAAGCAACUCGGCCACGACUAGCGUAGAAACAAGUAUAUACAACAAUAUGACUUUGAAUAACGUUAGUCAAUAUGGCACGUUGCCGAAUAACGCAGUUUCGAAUAACACCCUCUCUAUAGAAGCGGAAGCAAUAAAUGAAUCGAUCAACUCCUUCGCAGAUAUGUCGUUGGAUGAUAGAAUCUCAGAAUCCCUAAAUCUCAGAUCGAAAAACACAAACGAGAGCAUGUACGCUAAUAGCAAUCCGUAUGAAGUAGCGUCCACAUCUAAUUACCAACCGACCGAAACGUACAACGAUUUUCCAAUUUACAGUAAUUUCGACAUGAAUCCAAGCCAGCAACAGUUCAUUUUAGAAACUAAAGAUUAUUACACGAAAUUCUCAAAACCUUCGGGCAGCCAGAGCUCUAAUGAUUACGAGAAGAACAUGUACAAGCCGAAAUUUGAGGAGAAAUUGAAGAAUUUCAGCGAAUGUAGGGAGAAUUCUAAGAAUUAUUCCGCGUUGAAGUAUCAGAAUGUGGAUUAUAGUUCGUCUGUGUAUGACGAAGUGAAUGAAGCGAGUAAUGUGUACAGUGAAAUAGAUGCUCAGUGUGUGUACGACGAGGUGUACGAGCCGGCGCCGCGCCCGCGCCGCCCCGCGCCGCCCUGCCCGUUUAGACCCAAG